AUGGCAAUCGAGAAAGUCGACGUUUAUCUCUCAAGAAAGCAGAACGCCGCAAAAGGCCCGAUCGCGGACGACUGGAAGACUCUCAAUGAUUACUAUUCUAAAAAACUUUGGCAUCAGUUGACAGUUUUGACACGUUCGCUUGUCAAAAAGCCGAAGUUCGUCGCUGAUGUCGAUUUGGCCGAGUUCUACGAUAACUUUAUCUCCGAAUGGGAGCUUCGUGCCAAUCCUCUUCAGCUCGUCGAAAUCUGCAUUCCAAUUGCUCAAAGCAUUGCAACGAAAGACAGACCAAAAUCUUUGGAGUUUCUAGCCAAAAUUGGGAAGGUUGUGAAUAAGGACAAGAUAGCCAUUGCUCGUCUUCACACUGGAGAAAUCGAAUCGAAACUGGAGACAAAGGAUCAAAAUGGCCAGAUUGUCGAUCUCAAAGGAAUCAGAGUUCAAAUCGAUUCUACCCAACACGAAGUCGAUUCUCUUGUCGGCGUCACCGAAGUACAUGCUCCGUUCUACCGCGUGUCUUCUCUGUAUCUUCGCGAAGUUGGAGAUUUCGCUGGGUAUUAUCGCGAAGCCUUGCGCUAUUUGGGAGUAGAAGAUGCCAAAAAUCUCUCCGAGGAACAGAAGCAAGUUCACGCAGUUCUUCUUGGAUUUGCAGCUCUCUUGGGUGAGAAUGUCCACAACUUUGGAGAAUUGCUUGCUCAUCCUAUUCUCAAAUCGCUUGACGGAACCCGCGAGCGCUGGAUCGUAGACGUGCUUCUCGCUUUUAACGCCGGAGAUUUGCCCCGAUUCUUCUCACUGGAAGGUGACUGGGGAAGCUGGGAUGACUUGAAAAGACAAAAAGACUUCUUGACCGCGAAGAUUCGUCUGAUGGCUAUUAUGGAACUGGCCCUCGCUCGUCCGACAAAAGCAAGAACAGUUUCAUUCAAAGAAAUUGCUACGAAGUGUCAGAUUCCAUUCGACGAAGUUGAAUUUUUGGUUAUGAAAGCGUUAAGCAAAGAUCUCAUUCGCGGAGAUAUCAAUCAAGUUGAACAGGUUGUGUACGUCUCCUGGGUACAGCCAAGAGUUCUAGAUAAUGCACAAAUUAUGCUUAUGGCUACUCGUGUUUCUGAAUGGAGAAAAGACGUCACACUAAUGGAAGGAAUUGUCAGCAAAGAAGCUCGAGAAAUUCUUACCCAAAACUGA